AUGGCGCCCUGCAGCAAGCUGCCGCCGCUCCUCGUCACGCUCGCCGUCCUCCUCCCCGCGCCGCGCAGCCUCGGCGCCGGCUUCGGGGUGGGCGCGGGCACCAUCGACGUCACCAAGGUCCUCGCCGGCUUCCCGGAGUUCAGCACCUUCAGCAGCAUGCUCACCGAGACCAACGUCGCGCUCGCUAUCAGCAGCCGCGACAAGGUCACCGUGCUCGCGCCCGACAACACCGCCGUCGCAGCGGCUUUCAGCGGCACGCUGCGCGUCCCGCGGUCCCUGCUGGUGGACCUCCUCGCGCUCCACGUCGUGCUCGACUACAUCGACGAGCCCAGGCUCGGCGCGCUGCAGCACGACCGCAAGGGCGAGGGGUCCGUGGUCACCACGCUGCUGCAGGUCCUGGGCGCGCCGCCGCGCGGCGUGGGGUUCCUCCGCAUCUACUCCGGGGACGGCGGGCGCGCCAUGCUCUCCUCUGCCACGCCUGGGGGGCUCGGGAGGAACGCCACGGUCGAGAAGCUGGUCACCGCGAAGCCGUACAGCGUGGCCGUGCUCCAGGUGAGCGGCUUCGUCGUCCCGCCAGGCAUCAGAGUCCAGCGGGCGUUCCCACCGAGGACGAGCAGGCACAUGGCAGCGCCUCCGCGCAAGCCGGCUGCGCCGGCGCCUGCGUCGCGCCGGCGCCCGGACCCGCCCCGGCGCCCUCAAUCGGAUACUCCCGCGCCGGUGCCUCAGGAGACACAAGUCAUUCCGAUCCCUAGCGUGCACGGUGGCCUUGCGGCGAAGGUACCAUCGGCCGCCGGACGCAGUGCGGCGAGCUGGUGGAGUGGUAUCGCCGCCGUGGCCGUCGGGAUGACGAAAACGACAUGCCUGCAUUUGCAUUUGUAA